AUUGCAUUUCCAAAUCAAUUCGAACAAUUUAGGGUUGGGUUUUCCUUCCCUCCUCGAUCUCCAUCUCAAUCUCCAUCUCCAUUGCAGUUAUAAUCAUUAUCUUGUUCUCAAUCUCGAUCGCAAUUAAUCAUCAUCUUGUACCAAAUCUCGAUCUCCAAUUAGAAAUCAAACAUGAAAGUCUUGAUUUGAUUUGAAAAUCAUGACGAAAUUCCUGGAUUUUUGGAUGAGGAGAGGAGAUUUUUUCUGGGUUGGUUUGAGAUCCAAAUGGUGACAGAACGAGAAAGGGAGGUUUACAGAUGGAAGAAGAAAAGGUUUUAUCGAAAUGUAACGAUCGCAGAGUUGUUAGGGAUUUGGUUGAAGAGUUAAUUGCGAUCAUCGAAGAUGCUAAAUCCAUGGGAGAGUUUCGAGGAACACAGAGAAAAGAGAGCCAAACCCUCCUUCGGUUAUUGAAGCAUUGUUUGCCAUUGUUGGAAGAGCUUCGAGAUCUUGAUGCUCAUAUCUCAGAGUAUGGUAUCUCAUGUUUGUAUAAAUUGAGAAAAGCGUUUAUUCUGGCGAAGAAAUUGUUGAAGACUUGUCAAGCUGGAAGCAAAAUUUAUCUGGUAUUGGAAACCGAUGCAAUGGUGACCAGAUUCAUUAGUGUUUAUGAUAAAUUGAAUCAAGCUGUGGAAGGAAUUCCAUACAAAGAAAUUGGGAUUUCGGAAGAAGUUACAGAACAGGUCCAGUUGAUGUGUAUGCAACUUAAAAGAGCCAAGCAGCGAACCGAUAGUCAAGAUAUGGAGCUUAUUAUGGAUAUGAUGGCGGUAUUGUCUUUCGAUAGCGACCGAAUUGCUGAAUGUGACGGUAUCAAACGGUUAGCGAGCAAGCUAUCGUUGAAUACUCUCGAGGAUUUGAAGAUCGAAACCGUGGCUAUAAGGAAACUUGUGAAAGAAAGAAGAGGACAAAAUGCAGAAGGAACUCAAAAGAUCAUGAAUCUUUUGGACAAAUUUAAAAGAUUGGCAGGAAUUGAACAGGCCAAUGUUCUUGACGAUCCUGUUCCGUGUAAUCGAUCGUUACAAAAAUGCACUUCUUUAACGAUCCCGUAUGAAUUCUUGUGUCCGAUCACGCUAGAAAUAAUGAGGGAUCCUGUUAUUAUCGCGACGGGUCAGACAUACGAGAGAGCAAGCAUACAGCAGUGGUUGGAUUCGGACCACGGAACAUGCCCAAAAACCGGACUAUCGUUAACACACACCACGUUAGCACCAAAUGUCGCGCUACGCAACUUAAUUUUGCAGUGGUGCGAGAGCAACAAUUACCAGCUUCCCAAAAAAGAACCGACGCCGCCGCCCAAAAACGACCGCGGUGACAAAAUUUUAACCUUGAUUCAGGAAUUAUCCUCGAGCCAAUUACUAGUACAGCGAAAAGCAGUCACCAAGAUCCGCAUGCUUUCACGCGAAUGCCCAGAAAACCGAGUUUUGAUCGCGGAAAAAGGCGGCAUUCCGCCUCUUGUCCAACUCCUUACGUACCCAGAUUCCAAAAUUCAAGAACAUGCCGUCACGGCUCUUUUGAAUUUGUCGAUUGACGACAAAAUCAAGAAACAAGUCUCUAAAGAAGGCCCAAUUCCAGCUAUAAUCGAAAUUCUACGUAACGGAACAGAUGGAGCUAAAGAAAACUCGGCAGCAGCAUUGUUCAGUUUAUCGAUGCUCGAUGAAAACAAAGCAUUAAUCGGAUCAUCAAACGGGAUCCCACCGUUGCUUAUUUUGUUAAAAGAAGGAACAAUUAGAGGCAAAAAAGACGCAGCUUCGGCUUUGUUCAACUUAACGCUUUCCCAGUCGAACAAAAGCAGGGCUAUCGAAGCUGGCGCCAUUAAGCCGUUAUUAAACAUUCUUCAAAACGAGCGACUAGAUAUGGUUGAUGAGGCUCUUUCGGUACUUUUACUUCUUGCAGCGCAUCCCGAUGGACGGAAAGAACUCGGGCAACUUUCUUUUAUCGAGACUCUUGUGAGAUUUAUCAGAGAAGGAACUCCGAAGAAUAAAGAAUGUGCAGCCGCGGUUCUUCUUAAGCUUUGUACGAAUAAUUCGAAUCUUUUGUUGGCCGCGCUUCAGUUCGGCGUUUACGAACACGUAAAGGAGGUUUCUCAGAACGGAACGAAAAGAGGACAAAAGAAAGCAGCAGCAAUUUUGCAGCUUAUGAGCAAAAGUGAACAGAUCUAGCUACGAGGUCGUUUGGUUAAAUGACCUUUUAACAGGUGUUUUUUAAAUCCAUGAUCUUUUGAUACGUUUGAGAAUGACACUGUUUAACAGAAAAACGUCACAAGAAUGUCUAAAAUUGGUUGAAGGUUAUAGAUUUAAAAAGCAUUUGUCAUAAGGUCAGCUAAAUUCCUUCUUUGUGGGCAGUUAUGUUAGAAGUAUAUAUCAAUGUAUCAAAGUUCAUCUUCAUCCUUAGCUUAGCUCUUUUCAUCUUUUGGAUAGAGGUCAAGUCUGCAUACAUCUAUCUCCUGGCCUUAAAUUUGAGUUGGAUGUACUGGGUUCAUC